AUGCUAAGGACCAUCCUAUAUAGAUCAAGGGAGACAUAUCACCUCUUCCUCAAACGUUCACUAAUGACUACAAAAGCCACCCUAAAAGAGAAGAAUGCCUCCCCUGUUUUGUUCACCUUGCAAGAUACAGCAAGAGUAGUUACUCUAAACAGGCCCAAGAAAUUGAAUGCAUUAAAUACAGAAAUAUGUAAAAACAUGUUUCAAACUUUGAACGAAUAUGUCAAGAGUGAUGUCACAAAUAUGAUUAUUCUGAAAUCCUCAGAUCCAGGAAGAUCAUUCUGUGCUGGCGGUGAUGUUGCUACAGUGGCUACAUGUAAUCUAGAAGGUCAAAUAGAUAAAUCGAUUGAACUUUUCACUGCAGAGUACUCAUUAAAUUUUCAAUUAGCCACAUAUCCCAAGGCAAUUGUCUCUAUUAUGGACGGUAUUACAAUGGGUGGUGGCGUUGGUUUAUCCAUUCAUACCCCAUUCCGUGUCGCUACGGAGAAUACCAAAUGGGCAAUGCCUGAGAUGGACAUAGGCUUUUUCCCAGAUGUCGGUACAACAUUUGCUUUACCAAGGUUAGUCACUUUAGCUAAUUCAAGAGCCCAAAUGGCUUUAUAUUUAUGUCUGACAGGUGAUCUUGUCACAGGCGAAGAUGCUUAUUUGUUAGGCUUAUCAUCUCAUUAUAUUAAUUCUGAUAAUUUAAAGGAUUUAGAGAAAAGACUAGGUGAAUUAUCUCCUCCUACACAUAAGUCGUUGAAAGCAAGGGAAAGGAAAACUAUGUUUUUCGAUAUGAUUAAUGCAACUAUUAAUGAGUUCUGUACCAACCUACCCAAGAACCAUACAUUCAAAUAUUCGUCAGAACAACUGCAAGUUAUCGAGAAAUGUUUUGAUAUUAACCAGGUAACUUCGAUUGAAGACAUUUUCAAGCAUUUAAGUGAAUACACUGGAUCAAACGAAGCUCGUGAAUUUUGUAACGAAGUAAGUAUGAAGUUAUCAAGCAAAUCUGUUCGUUCCAUGCAGCUCGCAAUAAAACUAAUACAAGAUAAUUGCAAAGAUGAUGUUGGGUCAUCUUUGAGAAGAGAUUUAGUAACUGCUUCAAAUAUGUGCAUUAAUGAAGACGGUUUAACAGAAUUUUCAGAAGCUACGAGGCAUAAACUUAUUGAGAAGAAUAAGGCGCCAUACCCAUGGAAGAAAAUUGAGCCAAUGUCUUCUGGACAAUUAAACUCGCUUCUGGUACCUAAGCCACGUUUAAUGUUGUCACUUUGGAAGAAUUCUGCUGAUGUAACAUGGUCACAAUAUCCGUAUCAUAUGAAGUACCAAUUACCUACUGAAGAAGCGGUGAAGCGCUAUAUUAAAAGAAACGACGGUAUGUCUGAUAAUCUCGAAGAAUCUUUGCUCACUAAGGCCGAUGUAGUCAGAUAUUUCAGUGGUUUUAAUGAAUUAACGAGAAAUAAAGUAAACAUUGCACAAUAUUGUGCUUCUAUUUGUGAUAGGAAAUGUACCGUUGAUCAAACGAAUGGGGCUCUAAAGUGGGAAGACAGUUAA